AUGGUCCGCGAAAUCACCCUCACCGAGCCUUUGCUCAAGCUCGGACUCAACCUAGGCGAAGGACCCAUCUACGAGCCCGAGACCGACACGGUCCAUUUCCUGGACAUAAACGGCCGUCUAGUGCUGCACUACAACCUCUCCGCGGGCCAACUGACCCAAGAUACCGUAGACGAGCCCGUUGGCUGCCUCGUCCUUCGCGAGAAAGGCGGACUGGCAGGGUGCGCCAAGCGCGGGUUCUGCACGCUGGAGCCCGACCCUUCCCGCCCUGGACACCUGGGGAUCCACUACCUCUCUCAGCCUCUAAAGCCCGAGAUGGCAACCGCUUCAAGGUUCAACGACGGUGCUUGCGAUCCUGUAGGGCGCUUCUUCUGCGGUACGCUUGUUGGACGGCGCCCGCAGGAGGAGGGGGGCGAUAUGCCGGGGGAGUUGUGGUGCAUGGGUGUGGGGGAGGAAGGGACGAGGUUCGUCGAGGGUGGGUGGACGGAUUGUAAUGGUAUGGCUUGGUGGGAGGAGGAUGGCAACUUCUUCACCGACUCUGGGCGAGACCUGAUCCACGCAUACGACUACUCGCUCACCACCGGGGAGCUAACCAACAAACGCGUACACAUCGACGGCACUGCCCUCGGUCUCCGAGACCCGCCGUACGAGAGGAGCACGCACGACGGCCUGUGCAUGGACACCGAGGGGUGUAUUUGGAGUGCGAGGUGGAACGGAAGUGCGGUGGUGAGGUAUACGAAGGAUGGGAAGGGUAUCGAUCUGAUUAUUAGGAUCCCGGGGGCGUUCAAGGUCACGAUGCCUAUUUUCUGCGGAGAGGGAGGGAGCAAGAUGUUCAUCACUACUGCGGGGAAUACGGUACAGAACGGGGAGAAGGAAGAACAGAAGGAGGAGUUCCCUCACCAGGGGGACGUGUUCCUGGUUGAUUGGAAGGGGGAGUUUAAGGGCGCGGUGUACCGGUGGCCGUUUAAAGGCUGA